GCAAGUCAAUGGCAACAAACAACAGUUGGAACCUUUUCCAGUCCAGGAUGAAGAUUUUGCUGUUGUUUAUUCUCACAUUCUCAGGGCUUUCUGUUCUGUCUACAAACUUCUUCAGAAAGUACCACUAUGUGAACAUCCCAAAGACUUGGGCUGAAGCUCAGGCGUAUUGCAGAGAUGUGUACGCUGACCUGGCUACCAUAGACAGCCAAGCAGGCAACAACAGGCUGCUAGGUGGACUCCAGGAUCCUGGAAAACAAGCAUGGAUCGGGCUUUUUGAUGACGCAGUCUGGUGGAAAUGGACGCUGGGAGAUGUAUACUUUAAUAUUAAUGAAAAUUUCAGCAACUGGAAACCCGGUGAGCCUAAUAAUGAAGACUCCAAUCAGAGCUGUGUGGUGAUGCAGUUUGAUGGGCUGUGGCGUGAUGAAAACUGUGACACAGAUCGUCCUUCAGUUUGCUUUAAUGAACAAGGUCCACCCAAGUACUACUUAAUGAAAACUUUCAUGACUUGGGGCAAUUCUCUGGAUUACUGUAGGUCCAACUACACUGAUCUUGCCAGAGUAUUGACCAUGUCUGAAGUGAAUGAAAUCUAUCUUCCACUGGGACGAAACCACUGGAUUGGUCUCCACAGGAAUCUCUGGUCUAAUUGGUCUGACCAGAGCCCUGUGACCUUCACAAACUGGAACAACAGUAAACCUGACAACCAAAACAAAACCAUGACUUCAUGUGCAGCACUCAACACAACCACAGGAACGUGGUAUGAUCAUGACUGUGAUAAAAAGCACGAGUUUAUCUGUCAAACUCUGAUUCCACCGAGCAGUAGAAUCAAGAUGAAGUUCCAGUCUGAGGCCGACCUGAGUGAUCCUGACAUUCAGCAGCAGAUUUUAGAACAGGUGCACUGA